GGAGUUUUGAAAGUACAGGAACCGAAUAACGCACCUGGAGCUCACGACGACAGAGUUCAUUAUGCCGGCAGACAGACGCUAUCUGGCUUUAUUGAUGCUGCAUCCAUGACCAGCAGCACAUCUCUCCUUCGAGCAGAAGGAGCUUCAGUCGCCAUAUCACCGACAUGUCGACACCAUUGACCAAUAUAAGAGUCUUCGUGCAAUGGACAGAGCAGACGGUCUUUGCCGGCGAGGAAGUCGAGUGCCAGAUCACGUUUAAGAAUGUUGCCACUGUUCCUGCACCAUCGAAGGCAUCGCUACAUCCAUCAGCAGCCAAUGGGUUCGCAUCGGGGGGGGAAAGGCAGAGGAAGGCCCCAACUGCACAAAUCAAGAUGAACUCUACCCUGAGUCCUCGACCUUCCCCGCCGAAUAGGGGCCAUCGAACAGCCCUUUCGUUAUCUGCGCCAGUGGGCACUGCGCCAGUGCAGUCUGCGCCGGGAUCUUGGAACGGAGAGCCCCCGAAAGCGUCCAAAGAUGGUGGCACGCAUAAACGAUCCGUAUCCAUUAUAUCUAUCGGAGCCAGUGAAGGAGGGUUCGACGAUCAGAAGAGCCAUGGAAGCUUGCCAGAGAGACCCCGUCGACUAUCUAGGGGACACGGCCGUUCUGCAAGUCUGCAGAUAGUUCCUCGAAGAUAUGGCGUCAAUGGAGGACCUACGUCUGCGCCGAUAAAUCAGCGAUCUACUACUCAGCCUUCGCCGUUGGUUUCCUCGUUCUCUCCUCAAGAUGCUGAUUCAACUGCACCAGAGCAGCACCCGAGGCGUAAAGCCGGGACCGCCGCGUCGACCCCAGAUAUCUCAGGAGGCCCUUUCACGAGACGGAAAGGAUCAACAUCAGCCCUUCCACAGCACUUCAAAUUCCCAGCGGUUUCUCCUCCUGCAGAUGCAAGACCUGUGGAUCAAUUCAAUGGUGCAGGAGGAUCGCACAAUGUCGAAGAUAACGUUCGGUUACUUUCACCACGGUCGAAGGAACCAAUUCCUGCCAUAACGGAACACCCUUCUGCUCCCGCGGCAAGAGUACUUUCACCGUCCAGUGUAGUAGGAACACCUAGAAGCAGUGGAGAGUUUUACUCACUUAGCAACAACUCCACGGAGACCCUAGCCUCGGAGUAUUUACCCCAGGCAUCUGGUCGAAUGCCUUCAUAUGCGGGCCACUCGAGACGAGGUUCGAAUUUUGCUCCAAUGAAUCACCGACAACCGGAGACCUUGAUGAUGGGAUACGCACAAAUACAUGGAUCUUUCACUCUAGAUGGCUCGUUAAUCAGCCAAGCACCAUUCGAGGAGGUGAAGCGGAAGGGUGCUGUUGGAGGCCAAGGUGGUGGAGUGAUCGGAGUGGAAACGAGUAAACGAGAUAGUGGACUCCUGCGGGGUUUUGGAUGGGGGAAUCUUGGAGACUCCCUUGGUGGUUUCCUCGGCGGCGGCGAGCUCAGCAGCAUAAAAGAGAUGCGAGGAAUUGCUGGCUCGAGGUCGAUCCCGCUUCUGUCAACCCCGCAAUCCAUCUUGUUUGUCGAUCUUCGGCUUGCUCCCGGGGAAAGCAGGAUCUACAGAUACUCCUUCAAGUUGCCGCGGGGUUUGCCUCCAACUCAUCGUGGCAAGGCCAUCAAAAUCUCAUACAAGUUAGUGAUUGGGACACAGAGACCGGGAGGUGCUAAAGAGCAGCAAGUGAAGUCGGUGGAAGUACCCUUCCGAGUUUUAGGGAGCGUCAACACUCAUGGUGAGCUUCUUGGACAUGAUCUGAUGGCUCCGUACGUCAUCCUUCGCGAUCAGGCUCGUGUGAAAGCCGUGGAAAGCAUCGAGAAUCUGGGAGCAUCUAAAGAGCUGGAGGUUAAGACUACUCCUAAGUCAAAUGAAUCGACAUUGGAGGACUUUCUGUCAUACGUUGAUGAAUUACUUACAAAACCACGACAAAAUUCUAGUCUGGGGUUACUUUCUCCCACGGAUGCCCCGAGGUCACUUCGGCGGCAUUCAUCGAUCGAAGAGCCCGUAACAGCAAAAGAAGCCAUCGAUAUGGCAAUUCUGAGGAGCAACGUCACAACAGAAGCUCAGCAAAGCGCAAAUAGAUUUGAAAUCGCUCGCAGUGGGAAGAGAGUAGCUGUGGUCAUGCUUGCCAGACCAGCGUAUAGGCUGGGCGAGACCGUCACUGCAGCCAUCGACUUCACAGACGCUGAAAUUCCCUGCUAUGCAAUACACGCAGCCCUUGAAACAUCGGAGAAGGUGGACCACACAAUUGCGCUGCGAUCUGAGGCCAGCAUUCUUCGGGUCACGCGUAAGGUCCAUGUCUCCCUUUCAGAAUCAACUCUUUUCGCAAGACGAGUUGUUUUCUCCCCCACGAUACCAGUCUCAGCCACUCCGGAGUUUAUAACAAGCGGCGUCAGUCUAGAUUGGCGCGUGCGGAUAGAAUUUGUUACUCCACGUCUGCUUGGAGAAAGUGAGUCAGCCUUAGGGUAUGCAGACCUUUUAGAAGAAGUCUCAAGGGACGAUCGAGGUGUGGUUCUCGCAUCAGCAGAAGCCCUGGACUGCGAAAGUUUCGAGGUAUCUGUCCCUCUCAGGGUCUAUGGUGCUCUAGGAGGGAAUUCCGAUCGAGGCGAAGGGGCUUCGCAAGGCCUUGUUGUAUAGAUAGAUCUCGUGGUAGGCAUCUUGGCGCUGGUGAUAUAUAGAAGUCAGACAUAAAAUCUAAGUGC